CGAGCGGCUGCAGCACUUAGCUACGGACUCCCGGAAGUACUGCUCUGCGCCCCGGAAGCGAUUCCUCGGGCCACCAGCGCGCUCCGCCUUGCGUUCCGUGAGACGUGGAACUGCAAGACCGAGGCCGCGAGCGAGAUGCCGGUGACCGUGGGUCCCUAUGGACAGUCCCAGCCAAGCUGCUUCGACCGGGUGAAGAUGGGCUUUGUGAUGGGCUGCGCCGUGGGCAUGGCGGCCGGGGCACUGUUCGGCACCUUUUCCUGUCUCAGGAUUGGAAUGCGGGGUCGGGAGCUGAUGGGCGGCAUCGGGAAAACCAUGAUGCAGAGUGGCGGCACCUUUGGCACAUUCAUGGCUAUCGGAAUGGGCAUCCGAUGCUGAUCAGGGCAGUGGUUCCUCACAUCUACCCUAUCCCAUCAGCCCCAGCCCAUGUACUAUAAUAAAAACACUUUAAGUAGUC